UCCUUUAUAUUUACCUGAGAAAGAGAGACCAUUUUUUUUCACACACUAGCGGCUCCUCCUCCUGCACCAACCCAAAUUUGGCAUAAUUUAUAAAUACCUUUUCCUUGAUUCUCUUUUGAUUCUGUUCAUCACCGAGGUUAUUCUUUUUUGAAGAAGGUUCAGGUAUUCAAUCAACACCAGCAGUUUCUAAUUGAUUAUUGAAAGCUAAAAACCCCAGGGAAUGCAGAAAGAUGUGCUUCUCCUGUUAUAAGAAAUCAUUGUCUGAGGUAAAUGGGGUUUUUCCUCCAUUUGAAAUUUCGUUAUUCAACCUUGAUGUGAUUGGAGAUACCUGCAACAAAUCCCCGAGCCGUGCACAAGUGCACAAUGGGGUUAAAAAUUACAGAAAUCCUGUCGUGAUAAAGCAUGACCGCUUCGAAGAUGGUUAGUUAUUCUGACAAUAAUACUACUGCUCUGUAAAUCGCGUGUAAGCAGGAAACUUUUAAGUAAUAUUACUGUAUUAGGUUUAUUUUAAAUAACAAUGGAGAAUAAAGGAAGUGUGUUGAUGCAAAAGUAUGAACUAGGGAGAUUAUUAGGGCAAGGAACUUUUGCCAAGGUUUACUAUGCGAGGAACAUUGAAACUGGCCAGAGUGUUGCCGUGAAGGUUAUUGACAAAGAGAAGAUCUUGAAGACUGGUUUGAUUGAUCAGAUAAAGCGAGAAAUUUCUGGGAUGAAGUUGGUCAGCCACCCAAACAUCGUGCAGCUAUAUGAAGUCCUGGCUACUAAAAACAAGAUUUACUUUGUUAUAGAAUAUGUUAAAGGUGGUGAACUUUUUAACAAGGUAGUGAAGGGUAAGCUCAAGGAGAGUGUUGCAAGAAAGUAUUUUCAACAGUUGAUCAGCGCUGUUGAUUUCUGCCACAGUAGAGGUGUUUAUCACCGCGAUUUGAAGCUUGAGAACUUGCUGUUAGAUGAACAUGGAAAUUUGAAGAUUUCAGACUUCGGGUUAAGUGCACUUGCUGAAUCUAAGCAUCAAGAUGGUUUACUCCAUACAACUUGUGGUACCCCUACUUAUGUUGCCCCUGAAGUAAUCUCAAGAAAAGGGUAUAAUGGAUCUACAGCAGAUGUUUGGUCUUGUGGGGUUAUCUUAUUUGUCCUGAUGGCUGGUUAUCUUCCAUUUCAAGAUUCAAAUCUGAUGGAAAUGUAUAAGAAGAUUGCUAGGGGAGAUUUCAAGUGCCCUAAAUCGUUCCCGCGAGAAGUACGCAAGCUUCUGACCAAGAUCUUUGAUACAAACCCCGCUACUAGGAUAUCAAUUCCAAAAAUCAUGGAAAAUCUUUGGUUCAAAAAGUCUCUCAACUUGUCCAAAUCGUUUAACACUGAAUUGGUCAGCAAAGAGGUAACAAUCCCCAGCAAUGCUGAUACAGAUUUUGAUCUGUAUGUCAAUGGUGGUUCUGUUUCUGAUGCAAAGCUGGAGUUGUCAAAACCAGCUAACUUGAAUGCUUUUGAUAUCAUCUCACUUUCCGCUGGAUUAGAUCUCUCUGGGCUAUUUGAUGAAAAACACAAGAAGACAGAAGAACGAUUCACAUCGCAGCAGCCUUCCUCCGCUAUUAUAUCUAAACUAGAAGACAUUGCGAAGAAUCUAAAACUAAAAGUGCAGAAGAAAGUGGGAGGGCUGUUGAAACUAGAAGGAGAAACAGCGGGAAGGAAGGGGGUUUUGUCGAUUGAAGCCGAAAUCUUCGAGGUGACUCCAUCUUUUCAUUUGGUAGAAGUUAAAAAGUCGAGCGGUGAUACCUUGGAGUACAGGGACAUAUUAAAACAGGAAAUAAGGCCUGCACUCAAAGACAUUGUUUGGACAUGGCAAGGUGAGCAACAGCAAAAGCAAGAACAAGAACAACAAGAAUUGCAGCUUUCUUAGAUAGUCAGAAUUGUUCUUACUUCUUACCAUUUCAUAUUAAGUUAAUCAAAGUUUUUAUUUCCCUUUGGCAAGCUUUAGCUUUUGUGUGCUAGAUUGGUAGCAUGUGUGAACGUUCAUUAUUGUUUUGCAUUUCUUUUGGGUCCUUCUAUUGUUCUGUGACCUUCAAAUAAAUUUGGCCCAAAUGUUCAUGCUUUUGACAAAACCCA